AAAUAGGGCUCCAAACAACGAGGUAGGGCUCAAUAUUUCGCUAGGCAUGUUAGGGGCUGCGCCUCGUGAAGACCAUGCUACCGCAGGAAGUGCGUGUGCUCGAUCGAUAAGCCCGCAGGCGUAUUUAAACACCCGCGUUCCUCACUCAUGAACCAAAGUGCCUGCACAACGUAUUGCCUGUCUCAGUAUACAACUGUACCUCCUCUUGCAUAGAUUGACAACCGAUUAUUACUGAGCUACAAUAAUGGCGAAUCCAAGCAGAGAAAUCCGGAUUGCCGUCAUGGGCGCUACCGGUAGUGGUAAAUCCACAUUUAUCAAUAAGGCUAGCGGGUCAAGUCUUCCCGUUGGUCGCGGCCUCGAAAGUUGCACUAGUGAAGUACGAACUUCACGACCAUUUGUCGUUAGCGGGCGUGUCGUGACCUUAAUCGAUACGCCCGGCUUUGAUGAUACUACCCGAAGUGAUACGGACAUUUUGACCAUGAUCGCCGCAUAUCUCUCCAAGACCUACGAGCAUGGGACCAGGCUAGCCGGCGUCAUCUACAUGCACCGCAUCUCUGACUUCAGGAUGGGUGGCACGUCCAAGCGCAACUUCAAGAUCUUCCGCGAGCUUUGCGGAGAGAGCUCGCUCAAAAACGUUAUCAUUAUCACCAACAUGUGGUCAGAGGUGAAACGUGAGAUCGGCGAGGCUAGAGAGGCCGAGCUUGCGAGUAAGGACAAGUUCUUCAAGCCCGUGCUUGAGAAGGGCGCUCGGAUGCUCCGUCACGAUGGCACCCUCGAAUCCGCACAUACCACCCUUCGUUAUCUUAUCAACAGCCAAGCUGCUACACUUCGAAUUCAGCAGGAAAUCGUCAACGAGCACAAGCCCAUUGAGAAGACCGCUGCGGGCGCUGAGAUCAGGCGCGCCCUCGACGAACAAGCGGAUCACCACAAAGAAGAGAUCCGUAGUCUCAAAGUGGAGAUGGAGGUCGCCAUGCGUGCUAAAGACGAGGAGACGAGGGCCGAGCUUCAGGAAGAGCUCGAGAAGAAGCAGCAGGAAUGCUUGCGCAUCGAGCAAAACUCUCAACGCAUGGCAGCCGAAUUCACAGCUGAGCGCGCACGCCUCGAGGCUCUGAUCCUGCGGAUGGAAGCCGAGCAGCAGAAGCAACUCCAGAGGGUGGAGAGCCUUCAGGGCGAGGUCGACAAAGUCCUGACUGAGAAAGAGCAACAGGAAGCUCUGCAUGUUCAAAGGAAGAACGAGAUUCUUGCUGCCAAACAGGCAGAGGACAGACGGCGCGCUCGUGAGUUGGAAGAAGAACGCAAUGCAAGAAUGCUGGCGGAAGAAAAUCACCAGAAGCACCUCCAAAGUCUUCUGGACGACAUGGAGAAGACACGCAUCGCAAAAGAGAUUGCCGACAUUGCUCACGCCGAAGAAGUCAAACGAGAGCGGGACAGGCUGGCAGCACUAGAGGCUGAGCAGCAACGACAGACGUCCGCCAUAGAAGCCGCGGAAAGGGAACGUGCUCUGGAGGAGGCGGAACGAAUACGUUUGCAAGAAGAAUUUGCGCAGAGAGAGAAAGAAUUGGAGGAAGUCAAGGCGUCCCACGCAGAAAAAGAGGCUGAGAGUGUCGCAGCGAAGCAGGCGGUUGAAAGUGCCCGAAUACGUCUCCUUGAACAUCAAGAGCUAGCACGACAACGUGAAGAAGAGCUUGCUCAACUGCAACGGGAGAUGGAAGAGGCGCACGCCGCCCGGGAGCGCGAAGCUGCGUUGACUAGGCAGGCUGAAGAAGAUAUACGCGUACAACUGCUUGCAGAGAAGCAUGAAGCCAAACUUCGCGAGGAAGAAGCCCACAGGAAACAGCUCGAAGACGAGCUCCUGCGUACUCGGCGAGAGAUGGAAGAGGCUGCCAAAGCCGAAGAGACGCGCAAGCAGGAGGAGGCCGCCGCCGCCAAGAAAGUUGAGGAAGAAACCCAGUCGCGUCUCGUGGAGCUACAAAAAUUGGCCAAGCAUCGCGAGGAGGAACAACGGAAGACAGCGGAGCAAGAAGUCGCACGAGCACGCAAAGAACUAGAGGAGGCGCGUGCAAAGGCAGAACGCGAAGCUGCUGCUGCCAAGGAGGUGCAAGAAUUGGAGCGCGCCAGACUUCUUGAAGAACAGAAGAAACGAGAAGAGGAGCACCGAAGGCAAACGGAGGAAGAACUUGCUCGGCUGAGACAGUUGGUUGCUCAAUCGGAAGAGCAGAGCGCGAGUAUUGAGGAGCAAAGUUCACUCGAACGUGGCUUGCCCUUGCCAGGUGUUCUGUUGCCGAAUCUGCCAUUUGUGGUGUGGAAGGCAGCCAUGACGUGGUGGGGAACGACGAAGAUGAAGAAGUGAACCACGAUUAUGUAGCCCUGCGUUCUGCAGUCAUUGACCAGCGCUGGUCCUUAACCUAUUGAACUGAUACAUCAUGCACGAAAGAAUACUAGUUUAUUUCCUUGCCUGAGUCCUGGUCGCAGUAUCUAUUCACCUUGUAGUCCCGUAAUGAAUUAUCUGUAGAUGUGACAAGUGCACACUGCACUGUAUGUAUCAUGUGUUGCCGCCGUGCUCGAGUUGUUCAUGAUUGCCAGGACCUGGGGAAACGGGACCCGACGGGUAAACGAUUGUUUUCCUUCUAUUGGGGGAGAAUACAUUGACAUCGGUUCUCGACGCCGCCUCGUAGUCCGCGGGCGGCCAGUCAGCUGGCGCGUGAUGCUUUCACUGCCAAGAGUUAAGGCUUCGACAAGCUCGAUCCGCCGAUAGUCAGUGCAGCGAAUUAUACGAAGACCCAUGAUCAUGUUAGCAUUGGGAGAACGUUCAGCCCAAGUGUCAG